AUGAGUUCACGGGCAAGAGAAAUCGCCAACGGUUCUGAGGGAGGGAAGAUAAGAGGCCAAGCCCAAGCUAGGGCGGCGGCAGCAGCAGCAGCAGCAGCAGUGAGAGACAGAUUCAAGCCAACAGGAAACGAACAGGCUGGGGGGACAAGGAGGAGUAAGAGGAGCAGUGUGGAUGGUGGUGAAUGGGGCGAGGGGGAUAGAAGAAGAGAUGAAAAGAUGAAGAGAUGUCGGGGUGAGAAGAGGUUGAAGUUGAAGCCGCAAGCUGAAGCAGAGACGAGAAGACCAGAAGACGAGACCACACCGAGAUUUGGCCAACCCGCGCGUGAUUGGCCGGAGGACAGCAACUCUGCAAGCCUCACUUUUCGAAGAACGAGCAAGAAAAGCUAUGAGUUUAAGUACAUGUACUUCUUCUUCUUCUUCUUCUUCUUCGUCUCUGGAAGUCUGGUGUUCAAUAUCUCUCUUUUGGAACUCCUGCCACUAAAGACCAUAUAAAAACGACGAGUGACGCUGUGCUGGUGUGUAACUAUAUAUUUAUUCAACCUCAAAGGGCACGGCUGCCUUGAGCAAAGUUGAGCCUCGUUGGACGUUCAAAAGCUUCUGUCUGAGCUGAGUUCGUUCAGCCAGUCACCAAUCAUCCACCAAUCAUCUAAGUGAGCUUGGUAUGUAUAAGUAUUAACU